UGUAGAAGGACGUUCUGCGGCUUAGAACGCGCUGCGUUUGUAAUUUUGUCCACGUGUGUUCUGGCAUCGCGUGCUUCUGUUGUUCGGGAGCCAUUAAGGGAACAAGCAGUGACUGGACAUUAUAGAUCGUCUUGGAGCAUUAACGAAUCCAGAGAUUUGUUUGAAUUAGUAAUCUGUUCCUGAUCCUUAUAUGUAGAGUUGUGAUAUCGAUUUUUAUGUAAAUCAAAAGUGGAAAUUUUACUGUUCGGAAUAUUUACUUAUCAGUGUCGGCGUUGUGAUAAAAUAUAUUCUUAAUGUUAAAAUACUUUUUGCUUUAAACCACUUGAAAAGUUUGCUGACAGAAGAUUUUGUUGAUUUUUCUAAAGUAAAAUCAAGUUGGAAACAGAACGGAAGUAUUUAAUUUUACAGGCCUACAAGUGUCAAUAACAUGUAGCAUGGUCCGUUUUAAUAAAUAUCCCGAUUGGUUUUAGUAUGAAACGUCUGUAAGAAUGCCGCCAGUUAAAAUGAAUUAACAAUGCAUUUGUAAUCGUUUUUGACUAAAUGGAAACAUACAAGUGAAAAUCGAAGAAAAAACAUUUUGUGAUCUUAAUUGUUGUUCCUUUGUCAGCUACGAACAUCCGCGUGUGGGAUAUGAAGCUGUAAUCAACGCUUUCCUCUUUUCCUCAACACCUGACACAUUUUCUAUGACAAAUGAAAAGUAUCUAGGAAUUUUCAUUAAAAUUUUUUUGUACAUGAAAUUAAUUUCGUUUUGUCAUCAAUAAUUUAUUUCUGGGAAAAGCCGGUACGAUAAGCAAGGACAGAUCACGACGUGAAACGAACAAAAGUUUUCUCUCAGUUCUUGAGAAUAUAUCGAUAUAGUUGCGGUGUGAAUCUGAUUAUGUGUGUUAGUGUGUUUUCUUGAGUAGUGAUCGUCUUUGCACAAGCGGCGCUUUUACUGUUUGCCACCAGAGUUCACUAUUAGAUUAGUGCCCUGGCGCCCCGUGGAACGGGUCCCCGCUGCAGCGCCCCCCAGCCGCCGGGCCCCCUCGACUCCAAGAACAACAAGAUGACGAACCUGAACCGCAUCAGAGUCGUCGUCCUAGGCAGUGCCCGCGUCGGCAAGUCCGCCGUGACGGUCCGGUACUUGACCAAGCGAUAUAUUGGAGAGUACAGUUCCAACAGCGACUUCCUGUACAGACACAACGUGACGUUUGAUAACGUCACAACAGAAGUGGAGAUCUUGGAUACGUCAAAGUGCGCGGCCACGGGAUGUCUUUACGACCACAUCAGGUGGGGAGAGGCCUUUGUGGUUGUGUACAGCGUCUGCGACCGGAACAGCUUCAAUGAUGCCCACGAAUUACUGGACAAACUGGGCAAGCUGAAGCUGCCGUCCUACUUCACCACUCUGCUGUUGGGCAACAAGAGAGACUUGGACCACUCCAGGCAAAUAUGUGUAGAUGACGGGCAAGAACUGUCACUCCAAUAUGGCUGCCAGUUCUAUGAAGUCAGCGCCGCAGAGAACUUCGCUGGGGUUUCCCUCGCAUUCCAGUCGCUUCUGAGGGAAGCACGCUCAGUUCAGCUUCUGAGGGCUCUGCCCAUCCGAAGGAAGCUUGGAGUCAACAGUGUGUCAAAGGUGCUGGGCAACAUCUUCGGUAAGAAUAACAAGGCAGGCGACCGCAAGAAGAGACCUUCACUCAGCAUCUAGCUGUCAACAUCAAAUGGGGCCGCUGGAUUUGUGAACUUCACUGCCUUGUAGAUUAUCCUGCUUUAAAGACUGUUUUUUCGGCGAUCCUUUCACAGAGAGCUUUUAAGAUAUGAAAGAUGUUUGCGUAAGAUAGCAAAUAAUCUCAACACGGACAUGACUUGAACACUGGCUUAAUCAUUCAAAACGUCCAGUUCACGUAAGCUUCAGAAGCAUUUGGAAAACAUAGUGGACAAUGGCAUGAUCUAUGCCGAAAUGUUCUCUCAAAAUCAUGAUACAGUUUGGUACAUCAUAUUAACUUAACUCCCUGAUAGCAAAACCCGCAGGUCCAACACCGACAACACCAAAGCCCGCCACCAGACACGAUCCUGAGCCAAGUCUAUCAAUUUACCAUCCUCACAGCCCACCUUCUUAAGAUCCAUCUUAAUAUUAUCAUCCCAUCUACAUCAUAUUAUCUUUGGUGAACAAAUACGGCCGUUUCACCGCUUUAAAUUACAGUAUUCCUGUUAAUAUAAGUACUCUUUAAGUUGGUUAUUCGAUAUCACGUUCUAUUGUGUUAAGUGCAGCAGAGAGGUAAAGAGAUUUAAUAUAUUCUGCUGCAUUAAACGCGGAGUGUGGUUGAUUUUCAGACUGAUAUUAAUUAAUGAGGGAAAGAUACGUUUUGUUAAAAUAUUGAUUGAGUGUGUGUUUAUUUGUAGGCUACAUCUCAUCCGAAUACUGGUUAGUAAUACGUUUGAAGAAGUUGUGGAAGCCAGACAAGAGAAUUUUUCCUUCCUACGUUAAAGCUUCAAACGAAACAUAAUAAAAAUAAUCAGAAUCUUCCAAUUUUGGAGUUACCUCGUAGAUCUGCCCCAUGGAGGCGAAACACUGAUGGCACCUAGGAGGUGAUUCGCGUAAACAGUAACAACCGUGAAAAAUCAGGGAAUCGGGGAAUAACGCUCAAAUUCAGACUUGGUGUAUCGAUACACACACAAUCAAAUGGGAUCCGUGUACUGACUGAAAUUCGUCUUUCUGUAGUCUUUUUUCUGCUCCACCACAAUUUGGAGGCGCCGUAAGAUGUCAAGACUGAGGGACCAACGACUCGUUAGUAAUAGAUUACGAGUGAGUUACUCCUGUAAAAAGACAUUAUUUUUAUAUAACUUGGGGUGUUCUUUCGUCACAAUAAUUUCCGUAAGAAAUACGUGCUGUGACAAGCUUUUCACGGUUUUAUCCGUCCCUUCGCUGCCUAACGAAAAGUUCCAAACACUUGUGAAAAUUGCCUAGAAUCCCACGUGAAUCUCUUAUCGUCUGUACAGUCAUUCGGCAUAGUAAUGUUCUGUACUUCUCUUCUUUUCCGUCUUCCAUGAAACAUUGUUAGGUGCUCAGGACCGAAACACUAAGGGAGUAAGAUAACAUGAGAUAAGAUCAUGCGAAUGAUUGGCGCGUUGUUUAACGAUGCCGUCAGUUUCAGGAAGUUUUAAAAGUCUUUAUAUGUGAGAGGCCUAUAUACGAAGGCGGUUAAAAUUUGACCUGGAGUUAUAUAUUUUUUUUUCAGAGGGAAAAUCAAGUUUCAACAUCAGUGAAAAUAUUCGUACGUGGGUUGCCCAUAAUGAAAGUAGUGUUUUUGUGGUAAUAAUCACAAAUCUAUCCAUCAUUCCAGAAGGUGAUGUGCCAGUCUAUGUUGAACAGCGAACUAUCUUCAAAUGUUUAUAUAAUAAAGGCGAAAAUGCGACUUAUAUUCAUCGUCAUCAGCAAUUACAGUUUGUGGAAGAUUUAUCUGUUGCGUUGUUCUGUGUUCCUCUGGUAUCAGUCGUUCAAAGACGACCGCGAACGCUUAUCGAACCUACCGCAGGCAGCGCGGCACGACCAUGGCAGUUAAAACAAAGUCCUGUUUGUAUUGACUUCUUGUUAGAAAGAAGACGAAUGAAUGCAUCCUGCUACUGUGAUCGACCCAAAGGCAGGACUCAAAACGGCGAUGAGGACCCGAACGCGCGAACGACUGUUCAAAGGGGUCAUCAUCAUUCACGAUGAUUUCCCUCCGCAUUCUGCACAAGUGGCAGGCGAUGCUCUUCAUUAACUAGGGUGGGAGGUGCUGCUUCACCUUUUUUACGGUCCAGAUUUGUCCCCGAGUGAUUUUAACCUGUUUGGACCACUUAAGGAGAGGCCAGCGAAAAGGUCGUGGUAUAGGCAGUGAUGCAGUCUUCGCUGAGCUGUCAGCCGGAAGAGUUCUGGGCUGUUGAAAACAGCAAAUUACCCGAGAGGAGAACCAAAUGCGUUACAAAGCAAGGACAGUGUACAAAUAUCAGCAUAGUUUUAGUUGUGUUUAAAACCUGCAGACUUUCGGAAGAAUAAUUCUAGGUCAGAUUGGAACCACCUUUGUAUUUAUUGCUCUAUUAUAAUGCGUCUUUAUUUUUAUAAUUAUAAUUUUGCAUUGCAUAUUUGGGUUGCACACUUUAUUAGAGGUCGCAUUAUGUUCGAGAAAAUAGGUAUACGGUAAUACACGAGUUGCAUCGUCUUCAGUUUGUAUGUAAGAUCCAGUAUGGUUGCAGCUUGUGACACGAGGAAUUAUUUCCUGUUAAAUAAGAGUUAUAAAAUAACUAUAUAGACUGUAUCUUAGCCAGUUAAAUAGUUACAAAUGCUGAAAAUUAGAUAUCCGAAUGAAUGAUGUCUCAAUAAGUGAUGCUCACGAAUUACUGAUCAAUUUUAAUUAUACAGAGUGUCUCAAAAACGUAUGAACAUUUUGAUAAAGACGUACUGCAUAUUAAUGUAUUCAUGAUGGGACCAAAAUUAUUGUGGCUCUUAGUAGUAUGGCAGAUUGCGUUAGUUUGCCUGUAUUCACAUUUGCUAUGAAAUGGGGUUGGUUUGAGAGUCCCCUGAUUUCGGUAAUGAUGGUGGUCAGAAUGUUUAUGUUGGGCCCGUUAAUCACUGUUCGCUUGGGUUGUUAUUUAAUUUUGAGCGUACUCUUACAGAAACGCACUACACUACAAGGAAUUAGUCUCGAAACAUACUAAAAGUAAUUGUUGUUACAAAGUCGUUGACAGGCGAUGGUGUUUCGUUCAGUUUACAGGUUUUGUGAUCGAAGCUAAUAUAGUCGAUUAUGCAUUUUCUAUUAUCACGAGACUGUAAAUUUUGAGCCAGAAUAUUUGUGACAAUCUAUAAAAUUCAUUUUCAGGCACAAAAACUGCCGUUAUUCCUAUAAGUCAUUGUUGGAUGAUUGAACUUCUGUUUAUGAUAAAACAUUUGAAAACUAACAUGACCGGAGACUGGAAACAACGUACUUACCGCAUCUUCUGUAAAGCUAAUACGAUGAAUAUGGAAUUGUUGCAUCGCUAGGCGUCUGUAUUGUACAAACCUUGAAAACUUUCAGAACGGUGAUAGUAUAAGUGCCAUCAAAAAUAACAAGAGUGAGCAUUCCACAACACCCGUGUUUUAUUUGAAACUAUGAUCUCAUAAAUGUUAAGGACUGUUAUAUAUGAUGUAUUUUCUUUACUUUCCUUUUAUACGAAAGUGUAAAAUGUGAAAGUGAAUUAUUGUAUUUUUAUUGUGGCGACAAAUAUGUCGUUAAUGCUCGCGGCCAUUUUGAUUUCUAUCGCUGGAUGGACAGGCUUUUCCUAUUUUGUUUAGGCCCGUUCCUCCAUCCAUAAAUCUAGUUAACAGAAUUAGAUAAGUGUAAUUAUAUGGCGGAUGUAGAUACAUGAAUAUUUUAUUACCAAUAAAAUGUAAAUUACGGACUGGA